AUGGUGCAGGAGUCGGUGGAACCUUACGAAGGUCCGACCCCUGUCGACGCAACCUCCUCCACCUCUUCAUCCGGUGUCGUCGAAGCAGCAGCAGCGACGACGUCGAGAGAGAAGGGCACAAUCUUAUCGGAGAGCAAGAAUUUGGGUCGAUAUCACACCGCACUCAUCCUCUUCACCAACCAAGUAGGAUUGGGCAUCUUGUCCCUACCUCGCGCUUGUCAGAUCCUAGGCAUCGUGCCAGGCGUGAUAGCCAUCAUAGGUAUCGGACUCUUAUCGACCUACACCGCCUACGUGCUCUUGCAGUACUGGCGUCGAUAUCCCCACGCGCUCAACAUGGUCGAUUUCGCGCGCAUCUUGGGCGGAAGACCCCUGGAGAUCGUCGUGGGCAUCAGCUUUGUGCUCAAUCUGGUGCUGACCUGCGCAAGCUCCUCCGUCACCAUCUCUACCGCGCUCAAUAGCAUCAGCGAGAAUGCGCUCUGCACGGCGGGAUUCGUGGGAUUCGCAGCUUUGGCUUCCUUCAUCCUUUCCCUGCCCCGGACGUUCAAAUUCGUGGCGCAUGUGGGCGUGCCGAGCACGAUAAGCAUCAUUGCAGCCGUGCUGAUCGUCAUGAUUUCGCUCGGAGUGGCCGACGAGGCUCAACUAGGAAGGCCUGCGCAAUCGGAAGCAGUUCGAAUCGAAGUGAUCGGUCGACCAGAUUUCAGUCAAGGCUUAUCCGCAUGUCUGAACAUAGCCUACGCGUACGCCGGCAAUUCCGGCUUCGUGAGCGUCAUGGCAGAGAUGCGGGAUGCUUCGCACGACUUUGUCCCUGCGCUCGUUUGGCUUCAAGCCGCAGCUAUCACGCUCUACGUCGUCACGGCCAUCGUGGUGUACGCGUUAGCAGGUCAAUACACGACCUCGCCAGCGCUAGGUGCAGCACCGCCAACCAUCGCAAAGAUCGCCUACGGAAUAGCUCUUCCAUGUCUGCUGGGUACAGCCCUCGUCUUUGGUCACACCGCCAUCAAAUACCUCUACAUCGUCUCUCUAAAACUCUUUGGCGCUCAAAAUCAAGCUACGCGCAACACAAAGACUUCUUGGACUUGUUGGAUAUCCUGCGCACUCCUCUUUUGGACCGCCGCUUUCCUCAUCGCCAAUGCCGUCCCCAUCUUCGAUAGCAUCCUCGACAUUUCGUCCGCCACCUUUAUAGCCUGGUUCACCUUCGGCAUCAGCGGCGUAUUCUGGUUUCACCUAAAUUGGCAUCCAGACGCCCAAACGGGCGUACGACCAUUCAACAAGGAUUGGAAGAAGAAGACUUUGGCAUUGGUAAACGUUGCGAUCAUUGUGAUUGCGCUCUUCAUGAACAGCGCGGGACUGUACGUCGCCAUAACUAGACUUUUGGACAUCUUUAGGGACGAUGCCAACGCUAUCAGCGCGCCUUUUACCUGCGCCGAUAAUAGCGUCUUUUGA